AUUAGGAGGGGAGACGCUUUCUGCCGUCAGCGCCGUCACAGCAGAGCAGGGGAGCCCUGGCAACAAGGAGAGACACAAACUCAGCAGCCCGUUACACCCAACAGUAAUGGUGACAGCAGCUGCAGACAGACAGACGUGGACAGACGGCGCAGACAUCCGGGACGCUUCCCUCCCAUUGGUGGAGAGAUCAAGACUUCACACCAGGAACUGCAGCUCCAGUCGGGUGUCAGCUCUCAACUGAGCGGCAGGCUCCACCUACUCCGCCCAAGUGGCUCCGCCCCCUCUGCUCAGGGAGUGCUGAGUCCCUGAGUCACCACACUGCAUUCUGGGAUAGUCUGGAACCCUCUCCAUGGGCUGUACCACCUGCUGACAAACCAGGGGGGUCUGGAGGAGUUGUGUUGAAUGAGGUUUGUGCUGUGCGUGGACGGGCUUGCUUUUGCAGGGAAAUGAUUCCACAUGAAGUGCGGCACACUCGGCCCCCCGUCGUCGCCGGCGGCAGCAGCAGGUGUGAUGUCGUGACACUCUCCCCUACCACACUGAGCUCACCUUUCAGACGCUAAAGACCCCUGGACCGAAGAGACCGCCCUACCCCUCCCCUCUAACCACCCCUCCAUAUCUUCAUCUCCAUCUUUAAUCCUUCCUCACCUGUUCCUUAGGGCCUGGAUUUUCUUUGUUAUCAAGAAAAGACCUGAUAAUCAACAGCUUUGGGUGAACUGGCUAGAGAGAAAGCGAGACAAGAUUAGGAAGGUUAAUUUAUAGCUAAUUAAAGUGAGACAAAGGACAGAACAUCAAACGUGAGGGAAAGAGCAAGGGAAGUGAAGUAGAAAGGCAGAGAGAGAGGGGGAACAAAAAAGAACGGAAAAAGCUAGAGAAGUCCAAAAGUUGAGGAAAGAAAACGCAAGUACGGUUGAGGGACGUGAGGCGAAAUCAUGAAGUCCAACCAGGAACGCAGUAAUGAAUGUCUGCCCCCAAAGAAGAGGGAGAUCCCCUCAAGCACAUUACCAUCUGAAAAUCGUCCGCAUACCAUGCCACCUGCCAGCGACAGCCAGCGCACGGAGAACAUGGCCUGGCUUGCCAGUGUGGCUGGUGGGAAUGAGAGCAGUGUGUGUGGGCACCGUAGCUCCAGUCAGUCUGAUGGGCCACAGUAUAAAUCCCUCUCCUCCACAUCAGACUCUUCAUCCUCCUCUUCCUCACUGAGGCUAGUCUCACCUCUUCCUACAGUUUAUACAUCCCCCUUGUCACAAUCCACAGUUGGAGGAACUGUCCAUUACACCCAACUGCCUCCCAAUCUGCAGUUUAUAGCCUCUCCCUACACUGCCCCAUACACAGGCUACAUCUCCCCUCAACUGCUCCCACCUCCUCCUCCACCUCCCCCCCUCUCCUCCUCCUCCUCUUUUGCUGCACAGAGACCCUCUCACACAGAGACAGCCUCUGCUCCUUCGCAGACCUCCAAACAUGACCAGCAGCGAGUAUCCAGCGGGCGGACCUCCAUGCCUCCGCCCCCUACAGACCUCGCCCCUCACCAUGUUCAGAUGUCAACUUCCCCGCGGACUGUUCAGUCGCCUCAUCACCAAGGAGGCAUUCACCUUCCUCCCCAGUCACUGCACCCCCACCAUACUUUGGGGCAUGGGAUGUCCCAGGUUGUGGUGCAGUAUACUGACGGACACACCAGGAAAGAGGACGGUGGCUCCAGACCCAGAGAGCUCCACAAUGGAGAGCUGGAAAGGGGCCGGCGGUUUGGAGCAUCCCCUGAAUCCAGCCUCUCCAAGUCAGGGAGCAAAUCACGGGAUGCCACUUCUUCUUUAUCCGCCUAUGAGGCUCGCCAGCUGGUUCUGCCAUCAGACUACUCUACUCAUGAUCCCUCAGGGCUGAGAACCUCUGUCAUGCUAAUGCCCAACAGCCACGGGGACCACCAGCUGGCACCACCCAGAGCCAGCCCUGAGAAGCUGACAACCUCUGCCCCCUCACACCUGGAAAAGGGUGGCAUCAUCCUGGGCAAGCCUGUCAAUCGCACACCCUCUUCCUCCAACAACACCUCCUCGUUCACAUUUCCAUCCCCAUUAAGUGUAGACAGUCUGAAAGCUGCUGUCAGCACACUGCCGCCCCAGACAGUUAUCCAGACCACCCACAGUGCUACAGAGUCACUGUCAAUGGGACUCCCCUCUACAAGUAUCUACCCCCAGCCUCCUAUCAUUGGUUACAUCGCAGGGGGCAGUGGAAGCCAGCAUACGCCAAUCAGCUACCACAACAGCCUACAACAACACUUACUCAUUCCAGGCGCCCAACCUGUCAUUAUCCCUGUCAGUGGAGGUGGAGUCACCGCAUUGGAACCUGUGACCUCCCACGUGACAUCAUCUACCCAAGCCGCACCUUUUCCUACCACACUCCCACACACGUACAUUGCUGCCACUGCUCCCAAAGGAGAAACGCUGGAACCCCACAGCGGCUCGUACCACCAGGCCGCUUCAGGUGCAGUGGUCCAAGCCCAGCUUCAUCUCCCCAUUGUUCCUGCGCCGUCGGGCCUGGUUGCUCCUUCCGCUCCUCCUCCCCCAUCCAAUACGGCCAUGCCUCCCUCACUCCCCCCGUACUUCAUCAAGGGCUCCAUCAUCCAGCUGGCCGACGGGGAGUUGAAACGCGUGGAGGACCUGAAGACGGAGGAUUUCAUCCAGAGUGCCGAGAUCAGCAGCGAGCUGAAGAUCGACUCGUCCACGGUGGAGCGCAUCGAAGGGAGCCACACCUCACCCAACUUUGCCGUGGUUCAGUUCUCUGUUGGUGAGCACCGUGCACAGGUGAGUGUGGAGGUCUUGGUGGAGUAUCCCUUCUUCGUCUUUGGCCAAGGCUGGUCUUCAUGCUGCCCGGACCGGACCACCCAGCUUCUGGAGCUGCCUUGCACCAAGCUUUCUGUGGGCGAUGUAUGUAUUUCACUCACCCUAAAGAACCUGAGGAAUGGAUCUCUGAAGAAGACUCAGCCUCUGGAGCUGGCCACCCCUGCCUCUGUCCCAGCCUCCAGCCACGGGCACCUCAAACCCCCAAGACCUGUCUCAGACGCUCCCCAAGGCUGCAGUGGAGGGGGCUCCAGGCACAGCGAGCGGGAAAAUGGCAUCAGCCAGCGAGGCAGUGGUGGAAGCGGGAAUGGGAGUGGAGGGGGAAACAAUGUGGAAAAUGGGGAUCUUAUGUUUGGGGACAGAGGGUCACUUUCUAAAGGUCAGGUUGCCAGCGGCGCAGAAGCUGGCUCCAGUAAGCCAUCAGGCGGUAGGAAGCGCAGGUGGUCUGCCCCUGAAGGUCGCAAAGUAGAAAAAUCAGAGGAGGAGCCACCUUUGACCCUGCCCAAACCUUCCUUCAUCCCUCAUGAGGUGAAAGUCAGCAUCGAGGGAAGGUCGAAUAUUGGCAAGUGAAGGCAGGACUGUUAAUAACCCUUGGGAUUUGGAAAAAAAAAAACAUAAAAAGGAUUCUACAAAGAAAAAAAAACAUGAAUGCCCACAUUAAUGUUUCAUUUGUCUUGGUUUUAAAGUUUUGUUUUCUGUUUUUAUUUUUCUAUCUUGAAUACUGUACUGUAGAGGUAAAUUUACCCUACAUGGUAUCACCUUACAUUAAGUCCAUGUAGUUUAUAACACAUUUUUAUAGGUGGAUAUUUGAUAUCACACAAGCAAUCGGUGCCGUUUUGGUGGUUUUCAUGAGAUGAGUUAUGGUGAGGGAUUUGUGAAGUGUGCUAAAUGUUUAUCGGUGGCUGUGUGGCACACCGGAGCAACGCCUGAUGACUCUGCUUGGCUGGCUGCACUUUACACAUUAUGUAAAUUUCAAAUUGAAUUAGUGCACGGUUAACUUCUUGACGGUGAUUUCACUCUCUGUGCACUGCUAGUGAGGCUGCCUGGAUGGAAACUCUUUCCCACCACCCCUUGCCACACCAGUGGUUUUACACUGAGCCACAGGAGUAAUAAAAUGUCAGCUGAUCCUGAGCAUGAAGGAUUUGUGGAUAAAUCAUUCACUUUUUCAUAUGCUAAAUCAGACUGGGAGCUGGGAAAAUGCCAUUCUCCGUGUCUUUAGCGUUAAAUGUGUCAUGUGUUUACUCACAGUGUCAUCAGGGUGCGUCAGACCUGAUCUGUGAUGUCAUCAAGUAGUGCCAGUGUGCCACACAACAGAGAGGGAACAACACUUACUCUGUUCAGUUUGAUGACAGUGGAGUCUUUACUUUCAUCUUUAGCAUUAUUCUUUUAACUUUUUUUUUUCUUAAACCCCUCGUCUUCUAUCUGCAGUUAUUUGUUUUCAAUGAUUGUCAAAAACCUUAAUCAGGGGUCAUUUAGUCCUAGACUGAACCUAGGUGGGUCAAUGUUAAUGUAUAAAUGUGAGAUACCCUAACCUAAUACAUAAAUACAAGUGCAAACACACUGGGUUGGCGAACUUCACUUUUGAGAAAAUGUUAAGAGGAUGACUGCAUACAGUCCUCGUUGUUUUUUUGAUGAAUUACUUUAUAUUUUUUUAUCCAGAAAGGCUGUGUGAGAGGAACCGAAAGAAUCUGCAUGUCAGUUCUGAGAGGGUCAGGAUGUUUCAAAGCACUUAACACACCUGUCACACUCACCAUACAGCCGACAAUUUUUUUUUGUUGUCUCUUUAUUUACGCAGUACUGUAUGUUUUUUUUUUUUUAUUAUUAUUAAGACAAGGGUAGAAAGUAGCAACAGCACUUUGGAAAGGUGAAACUUUUGGAAGAGUGACGGGGUCGUUUGGUAACGUGGGAGCGGAAGUGCCAUGGGAUCACAAAGAAAGGGAUGAAUGUGACAGGUAUUGGAGGAAAUUCCAGUUAGUAGAUGGUUAGAGAAAAAAAAAAUGUUUAUGGUAACAAAAGGAAUUGGAAAUAUGAUGGUUUUCAGCAUGUGCGCUUCUACAGCCAGCUAGCCACACAGAAGUUAGGGAAAAGUAUUUGAAUGUGUUUUGAAAGUUUAGGAUCUGGCAUAAGAAGUAACAAGGAAAUAUCCCACUGAUGUUCUGUACUAGACUGAGAGCAACGAUUAGAAGCUUGCGCCAGAAUUUUUGAAGGGUGUCAUAUAUUUGUAAUGUAUGUGUGUAUGCUAGAGUGUGCAUGAUGCUGGUCUGUGUCUGUCCAUACACACACGCAUGCUUACACAAACACAAAACAGUACAGACCAUCCCUAAAAUGACUCAAUGACCUAUAAUAUGUACUGUAUUUGCUGGUAAGCGUUUAGAUGAAUGCAGAUGCUUUUUGGUGCAUAUUGUCCCUACUGCAAAGACACUAGUGGACUGACAUUGGAUUAAUGCACACUGCUAACAGUGCAUAUGUACAGAAAAGUGCUCUGUGGUGUGUUUGUGUAUGUGUGUGGGUUUGUGUAUGAGUAUAUGUAUACUGUGUAUAGGAAAAGGAUAUAGUCAUUUGAUAUAUAGACAAUGCUAAAUGUCCAGUGUUUCUACUUGGAGUCUUUUACUUAAGAGAAUCUUGCAAUUUGCACAUCAGGAGGAGGGAGUUUGGUGGAGACAUGAUUUUUUGACGGCCCUGUCCUGAAAGGAGCCCUAGACCAUGUAACACACUGGAGGAGACCAGGGUUUUUUUUGUUCCUCAAAAGGCACUUAUCACAUAUUAGAGGAAAAAAGUUUCUGCAUCAAUGCAGUCAAGGUCAAAUUACAUUUGAGUUUCUACAAACGCGAGCAUAGCUGUAAACCAGAAUUGUAACAUGUGCCUGCCUACUGAAUUUGUUUAAAGAUGAACCAUUUGUAGUGUGUCUCAAGGAGACUCUCUCCCUGCUGUUGAAACCGAGGUGUCCAGGGUGUAGGGACUAGGGUUCAGUUUUGAACUCGGCCUGUGCUUUCAGCCAGCUGAAACCCUAUUUUGCUAAGAUGUAGCAGUUACCUCAACAGAUGUGCUUGCUGGGUUGACCCAACAUCCGGAGCUCUCUCUUGUCCAACUGAACAAUAUUGUAGGCUCUGUCUUACUUAUUAAAACCCAAGUCCUGCUCUUUGUCUGAGUUUGAUUUGUGAAGUGUAAUGUGAAUUGUUUUAUAUUUGAAUUCAAACGAAACAAAAUGAGAUUGGCAGUUUUUAAAUGUAUUGGUGACGGUAGGGUGCCAUGUAACAUGUAAAUGUUUCUCUCAUGCUGCAUGUAACAGUACACUAUGAUCGCACACUGCAGUUAGAUCAGCAUGUAUGGGUUGCUAUCGCUACAGUGUUGUGAAGGGUGUGGAGAAGUGGUGACUUCCUGCAGGCAUAUCUGUUGAGUUUUCUACUCAGCCUCUGUAUUUGGGUGUUGUCACAUGGCAGCAAAGUGGAUCGUGUUUUCAUCCCAUUGAAAAUAUAGAGCAGUAAGUUCUAACUGUGUGGGGCAGCACUGUUUCAGGUGGUGGGAGUUUACCAGGGUGAUGGCAGGAUGGAUGUGUGCUCAGAUGGAUGAGAAGUGGAUCGGUAGGUGGCUGAAUAAAUGGGCAGAUGGAUGGUGAUGGUGAGUGAAUGAGUAGACCCCAUGUGAGAUUUGAAAAUGCUUUAUUUUUUUAUAAUAAAACAGGGUUUCUCAGAUCAACAUCACCACAGUAGUGCAUUUUCAUUUCUUCCUUUUCCUAUUGAAACAUCAUUAUUAGUAAAAAAUAGAAGUAUGUGUGUGUGUGUGUGUGUGUGUGUGUGUGUGUGUGUGUGUUUUGCAUUCUGUAUGUGUGUGUGUUUUGUAAAUGUAAGUACUUGUCCUUUUUUUUUUUUUUUUUUUCUUGUCCAGCCCCCGUCCCAACAAAUGAAAAAAGCAAAGUCACAACAACAUCUAAACAAAUCUGUCAGCCACUCAAACCAUCAAAACUUUUACUGUCAGUCAGGUAAAACAAACAAAAAAAAAUACUAAGAAAAAAAAAAGACAUAUUGAGCCAAAGCCAAGUGAUGCUAUCGUUGCUUUGGUUACUUAAGAAAGCAAUAGUAUGACAAUAUUCAGGCACUCUCCUCACACACACACAAACACACAUACACACACACACACACACACACACACACACACACACACACACACACACACACACGUAAUUCCACUCAAAUUCUCUGCAAUAAACAAUAAUAAUCCUCUAGCAUUACAACCAAAAACUCCUGCUUUCUGCCCAUAGUGAAAACACAAUUUUGUCAUAUAAAGGAAAAUUUUUUUAGAAGCAAAUAAACCUGUUAGUUUCAGCUAACUGUAUUUCCCUUAAUCAUAAAGUUAAGUUCUUUAGAAAUUGCAGUUUGCAACAGCAGUUGCUAGUUUUCAGGGAAGUGUCUCAUAUAUGCAGUAACUGAUCACAACCCCCAGAACCUCCUCUGUCCCAACCGGUCGGAGUCAGAAACUCUGUAACCAGCAGACAUCUUGACUCGGCCCAGGCCUGCCUUGUUGCCAUGACUCCCGUAGUGACCUCGCUAACUUUGUUUCAGGUACCCAGUCAUAGCCAGCCAGCCUCACAAGCACCUCCUCCUGAGGCGAAGCAAUCGAUUAACCCUCAACAACCGUUAGCUACCUUUCAGUGUGGCCUGGCCUGGAUACAGCAGGGCUGGCCGGGACUGUCUGUUCCCCUCAUAACAUCAUCUUUUGAUAUUCGGUCUCCUUUUCGCUACUAGCUUAUACAGGUCGUCGUGUUUAUAGUAGUUAAGUGGAAAUGCAUGCUUAAUAAUAGACGUUGAAACAAAGCAAUCUGACAUGUAAACACGUUCUGAAUGCAGGAGAGGGAACGGCACCUCACAGCAACAACCUUUGAGGGUUUGGUGUAGUUUUAAUUUUGUUAAGAUGACCCCAAGUUCAACUUUUUGUCCCCCCCCCCGAAAUGUACCACAAUGUGCAAUACUUAGAUUUUGUCCCCACCCCCCCUUUGCUGUGCCAAGUGUAUGUAGCAUAGUCUCCAGUGUCUCAUCCUUGUUAAAGGCUUGUGUAUUUUACUGUCUGCUGAUGUGUGUGUCACAUCUGUUAAAACAAGUCAGGAUGUUUGUGAACAGAAACAAAACCAAUGGAGAGUUUGUCUGUACCUCUCUUUCCCUUCUGUCGUUGCGGCCUUCCUAAAUUUGAGUGUGUGUGAGACUGUGACAUGUCUCUUUUGUAUGUGUGUGUGUGUGUGUGUGUGUGUGUGUGUGUGUGUGUGUGUGUGUGUGUGUGUGUGUGUGUGUGUGUCUGCACCAUGUGUCAUGUGUGUAGUAUGUGUGCUUAUGUACACCAGGUGUUCAAGUGUGUAUGAGUGUGUUAGGGUUUGAGUGUAUGUGUGUAUGUGUGUAAUGGAGUGUUUUCUCCUCUAAUUGUCUGUGAGAUCAUAAACCCUGACCCUCGACGGUUCACGGUGAGACCCACAGAAAAAAGAAACCUCAUUGCUAGUGGGGACCACUUUUUGUAAAAAAAAAAAAAAAAAAAAAAGAAAAAAAAAAAAAACUACCAACCAACAGAGAUGCACAUGUAAGUAGAUGUAAAAGACUUGAUAAUGUUUCAGCACUUUCUAAUCCUAGGAUGGGCUUGGUCUAACCCCUCUGUCUCAGACCGAUACCUUCCCUAGGGGUAACAUUCAUUCAAAACAGACAGAGAGAAUGAGAGUGAAAAAAAAAAGUGGGUGAAUAAGGAUGAAAACAGAGAGAUGGCUCAGUUUAAGUUUUUGCACAUCACCUUGCCGUAACCUUGUGUUUAUCUGUCUGUGCUCCAUCUCGCUUGGCGCCCGGCGCGUUCUUGGGUCCAACGGGCCGAGGUGUUAGGUGAUUCCUUGGUUCUUUUCUACUAGGAAAACCUUUUCUCAUGGAAUGCAUCCCUUCUUUUGUUGUGUCGGGUUUGUUUGGAGUCUUUUCCACACUUACACCGACCAGGCUGUGCUGUUAAUUAGGUUUUGUUUUGUUCACAUUUUUCAGUUCUAAUUUGGCAGAUAUGUUUGUCAGGAACUUGGCACAGCUUGGUUUGGUUGCGGUGUGAAAACGGUGCUAACAAACCUUUGCUUUUUUUUUUUUUUUUUUUUGCAUUUUCCUUGGUGCAGGAGCUUUUUCUGUUUUUGGUCUCCUUGUAGCACUCAAUAUAAUGUCAGGGGACUUAAAACUAUGUAGAGAAUGUGUCAUUGUUGAGUUUUUAUGACAAGUUUCCUCACUGGAGGAACACUGCUAAUGUCUUUUUCUUUUUUUUUUAAUUGGCUUCUUGCACAACUUGACAAAUAAAAUGAAUGUUGGUGUGUGAGCUUUGACUUUUCGAUCAGAAAAAAAGGCAUGUGUGCUCUUUGUUUCUUGAUGUUUGUACUUUCAUUUUGCAAAAAGGAUGUGUUUUUGGCACUUUGUUGUGUUUUAAAAGUGAACAGAAUUCGAUCAGGAUUCCUUUUUUUUUUUCAUUCUUUUUUUUUUUUUCUUUUUUGUAUGAUGUCUCGUCAAUGUCCAUAGCGCUGGAUAACCAACUCAGGCAGAAAGAAAAAAAAAAAAAAAAAAAAAAACUUGUAAAGGCCCACUUAACAGUUUAGUUUCACCCCAAUCAAUUUACAUAGUGGGCUGUUUGAUAUGGGUUAUAAGAUAUGUAAAUUUAUUACAUAUAAUUUGAUAUGAUUAACUAAUGUCAUUAUUGACAAUUAACUAUGAAUUAUUAUUAUUAUGAUAUUAUGUGUAUUAUGCUGGAGAUGGCUUGGAUUUCUCUUCAGUGUACUGAACGUCUUUAGUCUGCCUCUCUGUGCAAGGCAACAAACACUUCAGCAGGGAACAGGCUGUACGCUUCGUGACCUCUGACCCUGCCCACUGCCAAGGAGGGGGUGGAGCUUAUCUGUCAGCUGUGGCUCAGUUGAUUCCUCCCCCUGUUUUGAACAUUCAGCCCUGAGGCUAGCAAUCAGGCUGUCUCGAUGUUUCUCUGCUAACCCGUAAUACCAAGUACCGAACUGAAACUUACUGGCCGAUGGGAUGGUGGCAGAGAACUGGACAUCAGCACAGACCUGCAUGGACAGUCUGGCCUGCGGUGAGCUGCAGCAGUUCCCAGCCAACUUGUUUGUACUAUAUUGUACUCACCAAGUCCCUGUGUCUCACCACCCCUUUCCUCUAUAGCAACGGAGAAACCCUGUUGGUGUAUGUAUUUGACAACUGUACAAAUGCACCUCUUUGAAAAAGAAAAUGAAACCUUGACAUAUCUGGAAUAAAUGGGCAACUGUG